AAAAGAAGUGUGUGGAAUCUUGGCCCAAAUCCCCCCUCUCCUUUCUUUCUUUUCUUACCCCACAAAAAAAGAGCGAUUCCUUUCUUCUUUCCCUUGUGAUUAUAAGAAGAUUUCGGUUUUGUAUUUUCCUCUGAAUCGCUCGUCUCAUGAGAUUGAAAAGAUAUGGCGGAAGAACAGAGAUGUCAAGCUCCGCAAUUAUGUGCAAACAACUGCGGAUGUUUUGGAAGCCCAACCACUCAGAAUCUUUGUUCUAAAUGUUAUCGGGAUCUUCAGCUCAAAGAACGACAAUCUUCCUAUGCCAAACAAGCCUUUAAUCAAGCUUUCGUUCCUUCGACGGCGUCUUCUUCUUCUUCGUUUCCAUCACAUUCAUCGACCGAGUCAACGUCAUCGCUAUCCUUAGCAGUGGCGGAGGAGGAACCAGCGGCGGAAACAAAGCAAACGCCCGUGGUGGAAGAGACGGUUCAGGUCAGGCCGAACAGGUGCUUGAGUUGCAAGAAACGCGUGGGCCUCGCGGGGUUCAAGUGCAGCUGUGGGAUGGUGUUUUGCGGGAUUCAUAGGUACCCUGAACAACAUGCUUGUACUUUUGAUUUCAAAGGGAUGGGAAAGGAACAAAUCGCCAAAGCUAACCCUCUCGUUAAGGGUAAGAAGCUUCAAAAAAUAUAAAUAAAAAAGAUAGUUGAAGAAAAAGAAAAGGGGAGGGGGUUCUCUGUAAUUGUCUGUCAAAAUUCCAGAAUUUGGGUUGAUGAAACUUAGAUUGAUCAUUGGAUCUCGCCGGCCGAUGGCCGGUCAACUAGGAGAAAGUGUUUUAGAUGCAGUGGUUAUUGUUCCCUAUAUAAAUGGCAUUAUUGUUAUGUUCCUUGAAAUAUAUUCUUAAUUUUUGUUACAUUGAA